AUGUCUCUAGAAACCGGCCUUAUUAUAAGUAGACCCUAUUACAUUAAGAGUAGUGAUUGUGGGUAUUGUCAUGGGAAGAAACAAUUCCCCCAAGCAUUAGAGAGCCAACGAACUGGGGCUGAAAAAUCUGGUGAAAGCUCUUCAAUCACCAUUGGUGUUUCAGUAGAACAGAUGACCUGUGAACAGUACGAUGAAUUCAUUAAUCAAGGAUACAGAAGGUCAGGGACUUUUCUUUACAAGCCCGAUUUGCUUAGAAACUGCUGUCGAUUAUAUACUAUAAGAACUGACUUAAACAACUUGAAAAUCUUGAAAAUGCAUAGACAAACGGUUAAUAGGUUUAUUAGGGCCAUUUCAGACGGCGAUGAUGAAAGAGAUCAGAAGAAUUCCAAGUUUGACUUAAAGUCAUUGAUUGAAGCCGAGCAAAAAUCAACGAAAUUCAAAACGGUGUUUGGUCCAUCCAAUUUCACUAAAGAGAAAUAUGAACUUUAUAAAAAGUAUCAGAUCCGAGUGCAUAACGAUGAUCCCGAAGACUUGAAUGAGCAGUCUUUUGACCGGUUUUUAUGCGAUACUCCAUUUCAUCAGGAGGAAAUUGAAGGAACAAAAGCACAAUGGGGUUUAUUGAAUGGAUGGGUGGAGAAUUGGCCAAAAAUAGGACAAUCACCACAAUUGCAAGAAAACAAACGAAUCGGACCUACCCACGAGUGCUACUAUUUGGACGAUAAACUCAUUGCGAUCUCGGUACUCGAUUUCUUACCAACUGGUAUCUCUUCGAUUUAUUUCAUUUGGGAUCCCGAUUACGCAAAUUUGUCCUUGGGGACCUUAUCAGGGUUGAGAGAAAUACAAAUGUGCCAUGAAUUGAAUUUGGGCUACUACUAUUUGGGUUAUUAUAUCGACGAUUGUGACAAAAUGAAGUAUAAGCUGAAAUUCGGCGGUGAAAUCCUCGAUUUAGCCAAUGAAGUAUAUUUCCCUAUACCCCAAGUAAGUGACUACAUGAAAGAUGGAAAAUUGUUUGUAUGCGGCACUUCUAAAGAUACUCCAGAUACCCUUCACCGAGAAUUUGCAUUACAAAACACCGGCCACCCCAAAUCAUUAGCAACCAGUCGAUUCAAAAACGAAUCCCUGAUCAGAGAUAUAAGUGAAUUGGUAUACGGAUUCGAUUCAAAUACCCACCACGAAGCAGAAACCGCAUACAAACUCCUCCAGCAUAAACUCAAGCUUUCAGACUUGACCCCAGAUGACUUACCGUUGGUAGUGCCAGGAGUAACUCCGGUUUGGCAAAUACUAGAAAUGACGGAAAAUGGUACCAUUCACGAAAAAUUAAAAGUCACCGUCUUCUCGAUGUCCCACGGAUCAUUUGGAUCAACGAGAUUGAAAGACUUGACUCCAAUUGGACGUAAGAUGAUCAUUCAAUUCAUCCGUCUUUUCGGUAUUGCCAAAAUUGAAAAUUCAAUCAUUCUUAUUUAG